AUGAACUUCGAAAAACAGCGCCUGAGCGUGCGACUAAAGGAUCGGAGAAUACCUACGACUACACUGGUGGACUUGCCCACGGAACUCUUGAACCAAGUCGUCUCACACUGCCCAGCCACCUCUGUGGGCCAUCUGUCAAGGACAUCAAGAUCUUUACAUGAGUUUGUGGAAAAAGAAGGAUGGCGAACAUUUACUCAGGCUCAUUUUGCAAACCUGAAUUCUUCAACGCACUGGCGUGAUGCUGCGCACUCGUUGACCACUCUAUCGCGUAAUUGGCAGAGGCGGGCUUUUCUCGCAACAUACCUUGGACCUUCCGGCGAUGCCACUACACUGCCCAGUGGACAAGCAAUGAAGAAAUGGAGACGGCCGGCUGGUCAGACUAUGGGUUUCCAGCCUGCUGUUGAUAGUUACGAGCACUUUGUCGGGAGCCGUUGGAUCGAUCGACGACAAGUGGUUGCAUGGAGUGCUGGCGCAGAGCUGGUGGUGCGUGUGAAAGUGAGAGACGCUUCAACUGAAGAGGCAUACCGAACCGCAUCACCACAAGACAAAAAGGAGAAGUUCGAGAACAACGGCACGAGAGUGCGGUGGUGGACUUACAAGCCACUCAGCAGUGUCGAGGGCCGCGACGACAUCACCAGUGUACGGAUUCUCAAGCCGGCCGACCAGCAAUCGCGCAACAGUAUUGAUAGUAGCGAGCGAAUCAUCUUCGGAACCGCCAAUGGAGAUUUGCAGCUUGUGGAGGUGCCUCCUACUUCGGAUGGCGGUGUCAUCAAGACUUAUUAUGUCACAAAUGGCCUCUCUGUGCGGUCUACGUCGUUAUCGACAGAUAUUGGAUCUACUCAAGACCAAACUCAACACUUGGCUGCUAAUUUGUCAGACUCGCAUGUUGCUCUGUAUCAAGUAGACCCUGCCCAAUUCAAGGUCGCACCAGUCAGUGAGAUCAAUGCGAUACUGCAGAGCCGCAAAGGUUGUCGUAUCUGGUCGACCAAAUUUCUGGACUCGAAGCGUUUGGCUGUUGGCUUAGGACCAUCUGUGAAACCCAUCAACAUCUUCGAGAUUCGUCCGGAAGGUAUCGUCGAGGAGCCUAUGAGAAAGAUAGGUCUUACUGGAAGUGCGGAUGAGCUGGAGCCAGUCAAAGCCUCUUCAAUAUACCCUAUCGAACCGCUGGUGGACAGCAACGGUGGCAGAAAUGGCAAUCUGUUCCUUAGUGGUGGCUACGAUGGUAUUGUAAGAUUGCAUGACUUGCGUUCACCAUCACCAUUCACAGCGGUAUAUCAUGAUCCCACAGAUGAUGCUGCUAUCUACUCUCUGCUUUCCCGAGGCAGAGAUCGGGUCGUCGCUGGUGCUUCACGCCAUGGAUUACUCAAAAUGUUCGACCUCCGUAUGUCGGGAGGCAGCAUCUACGACUACGCUGGAGCAUCAGACACAAACGACUCUUCCACUGGUGACUGGAACAUCUUCAUCAACCCUCGCGACAGAUACGUCAACUCAACUUGGAGAGGACCCAACAGCUGGAUGCGUCGAAGCGCCGAAGGCUCCGUCUACAACCUCUCGUCACCAUCACCGACCUCCCCCUUUAUCUUCGCCGGAGUGGAGAAUGCCGUUGUCGAGUUCAACUUCUCUUCCGUACUCGAUAAGCACCCAGAUCCGAUAUUUCUCGGCAGUUCUACAGAGAAGAAAGGCAAACGGGACAGUAUGCCUUCAUAUCUCCAGCACAAGCAGGAUAUCCUCAAUCUGGCUAUGUACUCACAGGGUACAGACGGCUCAAGAGAAGGCAUGAAAUUGCGCACCCAACAUAGUGUCGAGGAGACGCUCGGCCGGGAUAUUAAUCCCGCUGGCCUAGACGAGCGCUGGAGGGAGAAUCAGUAG